CAGUCCUUCCCCCACCUCUGCCCAGCUCCGUAUUUUGGGACAAGUUUCCGGAAAAAGCACCGGGUUCAUCACCACCUCUCCUCGUUCAUCUUUUAUUUUGGGUUUUAAGCCUGCCUUUGAUUUCAUUUCCGUGCCCCGGCAAACUUUUGCAAAACUCUCCCAGGUUCUGCCCAGCCUGCACCCAACUCCCCGGGACACCCCAAGGACCGAGAGAACCCUCGCAGCCUUCGGAAGGAGCAGCACCCACCUCUUGAAGAUGUCCCACAGUAACCCAGUGCCCCCCAGCAGGACCUGCCUGCCUUAGCCAGCCCUUCCUCCCAGCCAUCCCCCUGGCCAUGGCCUUGGCACCCCAGUGAGGCCCCAGAGGACAAGGAACAGGUCACCCCACUGCCACCACCACCACCACGUCCCCUGGGAGAGCCAUGGAGACCCCCACGGAGGUGCCUGUUGGGAACCUCAUCGACUUGGACACCGAAACCCCCCCAGGGGUCCCCUCGGAGCCCUCUCCCCAUAUUGCCCCGAGUGACAACGGGGACACGGGGGAGAUGGAGAGCGAUGCCACCGAGUCAGCAGACAGUGACAACGACAUGGGGGACAUCCCCAGGGGCUGGGGCAGCUACAGACGUUCCUCCUCCAAUGAGUCCUUCUCCUCUGGGCAGAGCACGGAGUCUGCCCGGGACCAGGGGGCAGCUGAGCACCGGGAUUUCAUCCGCCACUACGUGGAGAAGAUCUUCACAGGGGGAGAGGAUUUGGACCAAGAAGAGAAAGCCAGGUUUGGGGAGCUGUGCAGUGGAGAAAAUGGGAAGGGCAGGGAGUGGUUUGCCAGAUAUGUGAGCGCCCAGCGCUGCAACUCGAAGUGUGUCUCGGAGCAGACCUUCUACCGCCUGAUGCAGUCCUUUGCCCUCGUGCUCUUCGAGUGUCACCAGAUGGAUGAUUUCAGCCCUGCCAAGAACCUCAUGACCAUGUGUUUCACCUACUACUACCUGGGCAAACCCCAUGUGCUGCCCUUGGAGGCCAAGGAGAAGCCCAUGGGCAGCAUCGACUCCUACCUGAAGUCUGCCAACAGCUGGCUGGCUGAGAAGAAGGACAUUGCAGAGAGGCUGCUGAAAACCACCUCAGCCAAGACAGAGAACGUCAAGGGCUUCUUCGGGGGCCUGGAGACCAAGCUGAAGGGUCCUGUCCCCAAAAAGAGCGAAGAAGGGGAGGAGAAACCCAAGGAGAAGCUGAAGAAGAGAGUUUCCAUGCAGAGCCCAGAGGAGGAGAAGAAAGGAGAGAAGAUCUACCUGUACAUGCACCUCAAGCAGCAGCCCAUCUGGCACAACCUGAGGUUCUGGAACGCUGCCUUCUUCGAUGCCGUGCACUGCGAGCGCAGGAAGAGGUCCCCAACCACCAGGGAGAAGUGGUGCCACAUGAGCCAGGAGGAGCGUGCCGACAGCCUGCGCUUCAACGAGAACAUCACCUUCGGGCAGCUGGGCACCUUCAUUCACAACAUGCUGGCCUUUGGCUUGAGCAAGAAGCUCUGCAGUGAUUUCCUCAAGAAGCAGGCGACCAUCGGCAACCUGGAUGAAGAGCAAUACAAGCUGCUCAGCGACCACAUCGAGCAGAUGGCCACCGAGUAGCCACGGGGCUGGCACGCUGCAAAGGGAGGUGGUGGCCAAGAGAGGCUGGGGAGGGGAGAAACCCCCCCCCCUACCUGGGGCUACCUGAACCUGCAAGUGGGCUAAUAUCAAAAGAAAAGGCAAAGCAAUCAGCCAGAGAAGCUGCAAUAAAACCUGCAUGAUCCUCCAGCAAACUCCUGAGCUGCUCCAGGGCUGGCUGUAGAAAUAGGAACCAAGCAGCCCCCUUCCUCCCCCCCCCAAAAGCCCCCCUGUAUUGGACCCCCCCACUUCACUUUUUGGAGUAGGUAGUCUCAAAAGUGUGUUUUGUAUGGUAAAAAACCAAAACCAACAGCAACAAAAUAACAAACAAUGAGAGGAAAGCAAAAAGCAAAUGACUGCUGCAAGCCCUGGGGGGUUUGAGGGGUGAAUUCUUGGGGCUGCAGCCCCCUCCCUGCCCCAUGAAAUGCUGCUGGGGGGGUCUUUUUGGGGUGGUGCCAAAGGUAUUUGGUGCUGGGUGCCUUUCUGAGGCUCCUGUGGGAAAUCCAGAGGAUCCCGAGGCUGAAAGCUCCAGUGGGAGCUGGAGCAGGGAUGUGGGAAGUGAGGGAUCACAUCCCACUGCUGGGGAUGUGUCCAGCCCCCCAGGGAAGGCUCUGCCUUGGCUGGGACACAGCUGCCUUUUGGGGGGGGGGCACAGGGUGCUCACAGCAUGGGGCUUUGUGCUGGCACAGCAGGAGAUGGCUCUGGGGGGAUGCAGGACCCAGAUGUGGGGGGAUGAAGGAGCUGAGAUGGGAUGCAGGAUCCAGCUGGGAUGGGAUGUAGGAACUGAUUGUGAUGGGAUGCAAGAUCCAGCUGUGGUGGGAUAUAGGAGCUGCCUGCAGGAUCUAGAUCUGGUGGGAUGCAGGAGCUGACUGUGAUGGGAUGCUGGAUCCAUCUGUGGGGUGGGAUGUAGGAGCUGUCUGCAGGAUCCAGAUGUGUUGGGAUGCAGGAUCCAGAUGUGAUGGGAUGCAGGAUCCAGCUGUGGUGGGAUGUAGGAGCUGUCUGGGAUGCAGGAUCCUGAUGUGUUGGGAUGCAGGAGCUGACUGUGAUGGGAUGCUGGAUCCAGCUGUGGUGUGGGAUAUAGGAGCUGUCUGCAGGAUCCAGACGUGUUGGGAUGCAGGAUCCAGGUGUGAUGUGGGAUGUAGGAGCUGUCUGCAGGAUCCAGCUGUGUUGGGAUGUCCAAGGCAAGAGAAGGUCUUUGGGUCAGUCUGGAGCAGGCUGUGAUGUGCAGCCAGGGCUGUGACCCCUGGCCAGGGCCAUGGGCACUGCAGGGCAUUGCUGGGAGCUGCAUUUCCCAGUUUAAGGAGCUGGAGGGAAAUCCUUCCAUUGGGAAACCUUCCCUGCACUGCCUGGGUGGUUUUUGGACGUCUGGGCAGAGACAAAUCAUGGUUUGCUCCUUAUGAAUCUGGAGGAAAAAAGGAAAAAAAGCCAUGGUGUGGAUCAGCAGCAUCCCUCACCCCCAAAAUGCCAUCCUAAAACAUAAAUCCAGGGAUCAUCAGCCCAUUUCCCCCAUGCUGCCAGCUGCAGCCCCAAUAAAACAGCAGAACAAGGUGGGUUUGAUGUUGUAGCUCUCAUUUUCUCCUGGGUUUCCUCACUCCUGGGAUUUUGGGGCUCUGCUCCAUGCUGGGUCUCUCAGGAAGGCUCAGAUCCAAACUUGGCUGGUCCCAAAGAGCUGGCCAGAGUGAACAAAACCCUUCUGGAGAGCAGAAAUAUUCUGGAGCAUCAACAUCAAGCAGCUCAACACCAAGACCUCCAUCCUGGAGCAUCCCAUCCCUACAGCAUCCCUGAGUCUGUCUCCACUCGGCUGUUUCUCUCCAUGUCUUUGUUAUUAUUUUGUUUAUUUCCGAGGUGAAAAGACAGCAACAAAGUCUGGGGGUGAAAGAUAUAUUAUUUGCAUGUGUAUUUUUCUAAGAAAAAGAUAUAAUUAAAAUAAAAAACAGCCAUAAAACCU